UGCGGGCCGGCGGCUGAGCGAGCCCGGAGCGAGGAGCGCGCCGAGGCAGGGGCGCCCGGGCGGCGGCGGCUGGUGCUGCGCCAUGCGGCGGCUCCUGCUGCUGGCGGUGCUGGUCUCCUUCUCCUUCGCCCGCGCCGGCUGCGAGCCCAAGAUCGUCAACAUCGGCGCGGUGCUGAGCACCAAGAAGCACGAGCAGGUCUUCCGCGAGGCCAUCAACCAGGCCAACAAGCGCCACGGCACCUGGAAGAUCCAGCUCAAUGCCACCUCCGUCACCCACAAGCCCAACGCCAUCCAGAUGGCCCUCUCCGUCUGCGAGGACCUCAUCUCCAGCCAGGUCUACGCCAUCUUAGUGAGUCACCCGCCGGCUCCAAAUGACCAUCUCACGCCGACCCCCGUCUCUUACACGGCCGGAUUCUACAGGAUCCCUGUCAUCGGGCUGACGACGCGCAUGUCCAUCUAUUCGGAUAAGAGUAUCCACCUGUCCUUCCUCCGGACAGUCCCACCUUACUCCCACCAGUCCAACGUCUGGUUCGAAAUGAUGCGCUUCUACAAGUGGAACCACAUCAUCCUCAUCGUCAGCGACGACCACGAAGGGCGGGCCGCCCAGAAGAAGCUGGAGACCCUCUUGGAGGAGAAAGAAUCGAAGAGUAAAAAAAGGAACUAUGACAGCCUCGAACAACUAUCCUAUGACAACAAGCGUGGACCCAAGGCUGAGAAGGUGCUGCAAUUCGAACCCGGAACCAAAAACGUGACUUCCCUACUCCUGGAAGCCAAGGAACUGGAAGCUCGCGUUAUCAUCCUCUCGGCCAGUGAGGAUGAUGCGACGACCGUAUACACAGCAGCGGCCAAGGAGAACAUGACGGGUCCCGGCUAUGUGUGGCUGGUGGGAGAAAGAGAGAUCUCGGGCAAUGCCUUGCGCAAUGCCCCUGAAGCUACCAACCGUUUGCUCUUUUCUAGUGAGGAUGAUGCGACGACCGUAUACACAGCAGCGGCCAAGGAGAACAUGACGGGUCCCGGCUAUGUGUGGCUGGUGGGAGAAAGAGAGAUCUCAUCUCGGGCCUUGCGCAAUGCCCCUGAAGGAGGAGCGGUUCUGAAAGCUAAAUGCAAGGAUCCCCCUUUUCAUAGGGUCCUGAUGCAAACGAAGUAUGGAGAGGGGGUGACCGGCCGGGUGGAAUUCAAUGAGGACGGAGACCGGAAGUACGCCAACUACAGCGUCAUGAACCUACAGAACAACAAACUGGUGCAAGUCGGAGUCUACAACGGAAGCCACUUCCUCCCCAAUGACCGUAAAAUCAUCUGGCCCGGAGGGGAAACGGAGACACCGCAAGGAUACGAAAUGUCCACGAAACUAAAGAUCGUUACCAUACACCAAGAGCCCUUCGUCUACGUGAAGCCGACCCUGAUCGACGGGAAGUGUAAGCCACUCCUCAACAGCACCGGGGGGCUGGUGCAACAGGUCCUCUGCACCGGACCCAACGAGACCAUGCCAGGCCGCCCGAGCGUGAUGCUGUGCUGCUACGGCUUCUGCAUCGACCUGCUGAUCAAGCUUGCCAAAACCAUGAAUUUCACCUACGAGGUUCAUCUGGUGGCUGAUGGUAAAUUUGGCACCCAAGAGCGGGUGAACAACAGCAACAAGAAGGAGUGGAACGGGAUGAUGGGGGAGCUUCUGAGCGGCCAAGCGGACAUGAUCGUGGCACCUUUGACCAUCAACAACGAGCGGGCGCAAUACAUCGAGUUCUCCAAGCCUUUUAAGUACCAGGGACUUACCAUUCUCGUCAAAAAGGAAAUUCCACGUAGCACCCUGGACUCGUUCAUGCAGCCGUUCCAGAGCACCCUCUGGCUCUUGGUGGGGCUCUCGGUCCACGUGGUGGCAGUGAUGUUAUACCUCCUGGACCGUUUCAGUCCGUUUGGCCGGUUUAAAGUGAACAGCGAGGAGGAGGAGGAGGAUGCUCUGACACUCUCCUCCGCCAUGUGGUUUUCCUGGGGGGUCCUCCUGAACUCUGGCAUUGGAGAAGGCGCUCCUCGGAGUUUCUCGGCCCGAAUCCUCGGCAUGGUAUGGGCUGGUUUCGCCAUGAUCAUCGUUGCCUCCUACACUGCCAAUCUGGCGGCUUUCCUGGUGUUGGACAGACCCGAGGAACGGAUCACGGGCAUCAACGACCCCCGGCUGCGAAACCCGUCAGAUAAAUUCAUCUAUGCCACGGUGAAGCAGAGCUCGGUGGACAUCUACUUCCGGCGACAGGUGGAGCUGAGCACCAUGUACCGGCACAUGGAGAAGCACAAUUACGAGAGCGCUGCGGAAGCCAUCCAGGCUGUCCGAGACAAUAAGCUCCAUGCGUUCAUCUGGGACUCGGCCGUGCUGGAGUUCGAAGCAUCUCAGAAGUGCGACCUGGUAACCACGGGAGAGCUUUUCUUCCGCUCCGGAUUCGGCAUCGGGAUGCGCAAGGACAGCCCCUGGAAGCAGAACGUCUCCCUGGCCAUCCUGAACCUCCAUGAGAAUGGCUUCAUGGAAGAGCUUGACAAGACGUGGGUGAGAUAUCAGGAAUGUGAUUCCCGCAGCAACGCCCCGGCAACCCUCACCUUUGAAAAUAUGGCAGGUGUGUUCAUGCUGGUGGCUGGAGGUAUUGUGGCCGGCAUAUUUUUAAUAUUCAUAGAAAUAGCAUACAAAAGGCAUAAAGACGCUCGGAGGAAGCAGAUGCAACUGGCGUUUGCGGCUGUUAAUGUGUGGCGGAAAAACCUGCAGGAUAGAAAAAGUGGUAGAGCAGAACCAGACUCUAAAAAGAAAGCCACUUUUAGGUCCAUCACAUCCACCCUGGCCUCCAGCUUCAAGAGACGUAGGUCAUCUAAAGAUACGCAGUACCAUCCCACGGACAUCGCGGGGCAGCUCAACCUCUCCGACCCCUCGGUCAGCACCGUGGUGUGAUGCCUGGAAGCUGCCGGCUCUGGCUGUGGACGCCGGAGGGCCAGGCCAACGGAGGCUCCGAGGGACCCCUCUCCCGGAGACCCCCCUCCUCAAGCUGAGCCUCUUGCCAUCCAUCCCUAGGGCCUGCGUCUCGUUCUUCACACCCGGUGGCUGCGACGGAUCCCCUUCUUCUCUUAGCCCCACGGCCGUUCCUGGGUCUGUGGGAUGAGCCACCGAAGAGACAAAUCCUCUUUUUUAAAAAAAAACUCAAGAGCUGGCGACUUCCGAACAUUUCCCUUUGAGACAUCCACGGACACCGGUGGGGGGGGGUCUCGACCCGCGCGUCCGCUGGGCCGAGGGCAGGCCGCUCGUUCACGGAAGCGGACUGGGUUUCCUUUGCCGUGGGGAGAAAUUCUCUAUAUCCUAACGUGCAUGCACAGAACUUUACCGCCAUCAUCCCAUCCCACAUGUCUCCAUGCCACCACGUAGAGGGACGGUGAAGGAGCGCCCCACCCGUAGUGGCCACGGGUAGCUGUUCAUAAUGGUCCGACCGAAGGGCGCCUCCAUCUCUCCGCCCGCCCACCAUCCAAAGAGAAAGCGCCAAGGACGUAACCCGCGUUCUCCUCUCUGGCUCCGGCUGAGAUGAUCCUGCCCGUGUUCAAAGUCCGGCAAACAUAGCUCCUUCCUCCCCACGCCCCACCCCGGGAGCCGCUGCUCUUCCCCUGCUGUCCGGUGUGGGCUUCUGUGUGAAAGAGGGGGCCUGCCUUUUGCCCCACAUCCUCGCCUGCACCCCCCAGACCGUAGACCAGGGAAAGGGGCCCAAGGGAAAUGGGGGAAACAUCUCUCUGCUAAAGGGCACUUUUCUGCACAGCCGGUGGAGGUGGCCUUCAGCUCCCUGCCCUGGAAGGCUCUGCCGGGGUGUGUAAGCCCUGCUCUUGACUGGCUUGGUUCCUUUCCUCUGCCUCUCUAGGGCUAGGAUCAGGACCGGCGGCAGGAACUGCCCCACGGCUGCACCCCAGAACAGCCCUAGAAAAGAGUCUGGGGCCCUGGGCCACUGUUUCAUAUGUGAGUGAGUGAGCUUGGUUUGGGAACCUGCCAGAUGAGGUUGCAGGGAUGCUCCGUGGCGCUCAGGGCCACGGAGCGAGCUUUUGUGGCGGCCAAGGCCGGGUCUGAAUCAGGACUCCCUCUCUGGUCCGCGAAACCUCUUCCUCCCAUGGGGCCAGGCACCCACCACCCACCACCCUGACUGCCUUUUGCUUCUCUUAGCUCUGAGUUGGGUCCCCCUCAAACAGCAGCAGUCGAAAACCCCAGAAAGUGGUGGUGGCCGGGGGGGGGGGUUGUCGGCUCAGACGGCUUCGUUCGGCAGGGGCGUCCUCCUCCUCCUCUUCCCACCGCCCCCUCCUUUUCGGGUGGCUGGGGUCUGCAAAGUACACGCUCUCCCGGUCAGCGAAAGGGCUUUCUCCUCUACAAGCAACACCAUCUCCUGACGUCCUUAGGUGAUGCCAACAACACGCGGGGGGGGGGACCUGAGGCACGCAUACCUCCAGGUCUACAUCAAGUCCACUUACAGGGAACCCCCCACCCACCCUCUGGUAAUGUUUUCUCUUCGGCUCCCGCUCUUUCCUUCCCAUCUUCUGAAAAUGCAGGACCAACAGAGCUGGCCGGCGCUCAGUCCAUCCGGGGCUGUUUGCUGCUCUCCACACACACACAACCUCAUCUUUCUCUGCCUUCCCGUUGAGAGUCGUGCGAAUCCCAUCCGUGAAUCCUGUCCGUGGCCCAUCAGCCUAAGAUGGCCAGCUCCCACAAGGGCCGCCCUGCAUUUCAGACAGCAUCUUCCCCCCCCAGACCCCCUGAUUUCCCCCUUGGGGAAAAUCCCCUCCAUGUAAGGAACCAGCACCCCCCUGCCCUGCUUAGCUGAGAAAAGUCAGAGGAGAAUGGGAGGGUUCAGGGCAGUAUUUUAAUGCCCGAGAGAGAUGCUGGUGGGGGGGUGGGC